UUUGCGACGACGUUGUCCCGUUUUGACGUGCGUGUAUGCGUGCGCUGGCUGGGUCGGGUGGAUCCCUAUUCUGUCAGCUGCGAGCCAAAGUUGGUUCUUUAUUCUAUGUGCGAGCCUGCGGCCUGUUGCUUUCAGGCGGCGAAGGCUGUCUAAAGUCGCUGUGCUUAGCAGUAGCACUAGUUACGCCGUCUGGUAAAGCUCGUGCUUGCUAGCUUGCCUUUUCCCAAUGUCUUUUCCGAAAGCGCCCCGCUUCCCUGGCAGCACCGAUGAUGUGCCACCAGUAGGUUCCUACAACCCAGCUCUAGAAGGUCGCGCACCUACGCCCAAAUUUUCCUCAGCUACAAGAUUUCGCGACAACCAUGCUGGUAGUUUUUCAACACCUGGUGGUUCCUUUCGUAUGCCCCCAAUACCAUUACACGCUUCCAAGGAACUCUUGAAACGUAGACUGUCAGAAAUGGCUGAACACCUGGAGGAGAGGGACAUGCUGAUAGGGCAGCUACGGGUGAGCAAGGGGAAGCUCGCCACCCGUGUGAGCCAACUGGAGCAGCUUCUCAGAGGCCUUUCACGAAAGGUGUCAGCCCAAAGCAAAAUUUUGCCAGGUGCGAGGAAACCAAAAAGCUGCGAGGCUUCAAUGACAAGUCGACAAGAUAUAGAAGAAACUCAAGCUCUCUUGAAAGAACUACGUGAAACUGACAUGGCAGAAGAGGCCUUUUGUGAAGUUCGGCUAUCAAAAGGAACUCAAGAACUGAAGGAGGAGCUCACCGACAUGAUUGACAAGAUGAAUGCUGAUGAUGCCAAGGCCAGCAGCACAGAUAUCGUGGAGGCGUACGACCAAGAAAAUGCAAGCUUCAAGGCCAAAAUUUUUCUCCUUGAAGAAGAACUUAAGGCUUUGAGGGACAUGCUGACCAAUAUCACAACUGAAAAAGAAGGAAUGGAGGAAAACAUGGCAAAAAUUUGCACAGAAAAGUCAUCCCUGCGAGGAAUAAUAAAAGAUAUUGAGGCCAAGUGUAGUGAGCUUCACCACCAAGUUCUUUGUCACAAAAAACAAUGUGCUGCCAAGCAAGCGGAAAUAGAACAAUUUGUUUGUGAAAAUGAAGUGCUGAAAAACAAAGCCCAGUCACUUGUUGAUUGCCAGCAAGAGCUGAAUGCAAUCUUGGACCAUGUGAAGGCAGAAAAGCAUGAACUCGAGGAGAAGGUGACAGAAACUUGCAACGAGAAUUCUUUUCUGAAAGCAAGCAUUGAAAACCUUGAGGCCAAGCAUACUGAGCUUCAUCACAAGCUUGUAUGCCAGGAAAACGAAAACACUGCCAAGGGCACACAAAUCGAACAAUUGGUCCUUGAAAAUGAAGUGCUUAAAAACAAAGCACAGUCACUUGCUGAUUGCCAGCAAGAGCUGAAUGCAAUCUUGGACCAUGUGAAGGCAGAAAAGCAUGAACUCGAGGAGAAGGUGACAGAAACUUGCAACGAGAAUUCUUUUCUGAAAGCAAGCAUUGAAAACCUUGAGGCCAAGCAUACUGAGCUUCAUCACAAGCUUGUAUGCCAGGAAAACGAAAACACUGCCAAGGGCACACAAAUCGAACAAUUGGUCCUUGAAAAUGAAGUGCUUAAAAACAAAGCACAGUCACUUGCUGAUUGCCAGCAAGAGCUGAAUGCAAUCUUGGACCAUGUGAAGGCAGAAAAGCAUGAACUCGAGGAGAAGGUGACAGAAACUUGCAACGAGAAUUCUUUUCUGAAAGCAAGCAUUGAAAACCUUGAGGCCAAGCAUACUGAGCUUCAUCACAAGCUUGUAUGCCAGGAAAACGAAAACACUGCCAAGGGCACACAAAUCGAACAAUUGGUCCUUGAAAAUGAAGUGCUUAAAAACAAAGCACAGUCACUUGCCGAUUGCCAGCAAGAGCUGAAUGCAAUCUUGGACCAUGUGAAGGCAGAAAAGCAUGAACUCGAGGAGAAGGUGGCAGAAACUUGCAAAGAGAAUUCUUCUCUGAAAGCAAGCAUUGAAAACCUCGAGGCCAAGCAUACUGAGCUUCAUCACAAGCUUGUAUGCCUGGAAAAAGAAAACACUGCCAAGGGCACACAAGUGGAACAGUUGGUCCUUGAAAAUGAAGUGCUGAAAAACAAAGCCCAGUCACUUGCUGAUUGCCAGCAAGAGCUGAAUGCAAUCUUGGACCAUGUGAAGGCAGAAAAGCAUGAACUCGAGGCGAAGGUGGCAGAAACUUGCGAAGAGAAUUCUGAUCUGAAAGCAAGCAUUGAAAACCUCGAGGCCAAGCAUACUGAGCUUCAUCACAAGCUUGUAUGCCAGGAAAACGAAAGCACUGCCAAGGGCACACAAAUCGAACAACUGGUCCUUGAAAAUGAAGUGCUGAAAAACAAAGCACAGUCACUUGCUGAUUGCAAGCAAGAGCUGAAUGCAAUCUUGGACCGUGUGAAGGCAGAAAAGCACGAAUUCGAGGAGAAGGUUGCAGAAGCUUGCAAAGAGAAUUCUUCCCUGAAAACAAGCAUUGAAAACCUUGAGGCCAAGCAUACUGAGCUUCAUCAUGAGCUUUUAUGCCAGAAAAAAGAAAACACUGCCAAGGGCACACAGAUCGAACAAUUGGUCCUUGAAAAUGAAGUGCUGCAAAACAAAGCACAGUCACUUGCUGACUGCAAACAAGAGCUUAUUGCCCUGAAAGAUGAAUUUGCCCAAGUGAAAUUUGAAAAAGAGGAAGGUGAGAAGAGGUUGGCAGAGCUGCACAUAGAGAAGACAACUAUAGAGAGAAGCCUGGAAGAUCUUGCAAGCAACUUCCAUAAGCUUCAUCAUGAAGUUGUGCAACAUCAGGAGGAGAAAGUGAUUCUCAACAUGAAAAUGGAGGAAAUUGAGAAACAAAAUGAAGUUCUCAAAGCAAAUGUUCAGAUUCUUGAAGAUUUAAAAAGCAGAUGGGAACAUCAGCAUUUGCUCUUAACAGACUGCAUUGAAGAUCUUCAAUCUAAACUUGAUGAAGCACACUGUGAGGAAGCUGAGCUUAAGUCUUCAGUGACUCUUUUGCAUCAUGAAAUUUCCAUUCAUGAGCAGUUAAAGCAGGACAUGCUAAAGGAACUUGAUGACUUUGGGGAUAUACUGACCCUCAAUACAAGCCUGGAAGAAAGACUCACUUCAGCACUUGUUGAAGUUGACAGCCUUCGUAGCAGGAACAGUGAAUUCACCAAGAAAAUGUCUGCUCUGGAGGAUGCAAACAGGGUAGCACAAAACAAUAUUUCUGAACUGCUGAAAGAAAGAAAACAACUUAAAGAAAGUAUUAAGUCAUGCCACGAUAUCAGGAACGGAAUUGAAGUUAAGCUCUCGGAUGCCACACGCAACCUUAAUAUUUGGAAGGAGAAGGCUGAAGUUUUGUCCUGUGAAAAUCGUCGCCGAGAUGAAGAACUGACCAACUGCACUCAGCAACUCGAAGCUGCUGUGCUCCGUGCUGAUAAGUACAAAUGUGUAUGCAGUGAACUUGACAGGCAGAGGAGGGAGCUACGUGACCAACUGAAGCAGCUGUCAGAAGAACUAGCACAAGUCAAAGAUGAGAUGCAGGUGGCUGCAGAAUUUUACGAGGUGAUGGUGUCUAGGCUAUCGUGGUGGCUGUCUUUAGAGCACUUUCUUUCUUCCAGUUGGGACACUCACGCAAGGCAAGUGAACAACUUGACUGAGCAGCUCAACUCCAUGGCAGCUGAUGCUGAGAGAUGGAAGGCAAGCUUCGAGGCUCUGCAGAUGAGAGUUUCACCGUUCCAGGAGCAGCUAGAGCUGUACGAGCUGGAGAAGCAGCUUCUCGAGAGGAGGAACGAGGCAACAGAGAGUGAGCUGGCCAAGUUGCACGGAAAGGUGUCCGAAAUGAUGGGUCACCAGAAUCACAAGCAAAAGAUCCGCUAUCUGAGCAAGCUUCUGAAAGAGCGGGAUGAAUAUAAGAAGGAGCUGUACACCCUCCGCCAGAAGACAUUGAAGCAGACGAAAGAAAUUGCUAGACUUGAAGUGCAACUGAGCCAAAAACUGAAACAAGGGCAAAAAAGUCUGUUUGACCAGUCAGCUAAAGAGAAUGUGCUCCCAAAGCCACCCAUGUAGAUUAUAUUUGUCAAUGCAUUGGAAAGAUUUUACAUCAUGUAGACAACAUUUUCAAAUGCAGUGGAAAGGACUAUUUUAAUUCUCAAUUCAUGAAAUCACCAUAGUCAUCAGCUCAUCCCCUUUUAGUAUACUGUAAAUGAGUGCAUGAAUAAAAGAAAAAUGACCACUUGAGUGAAA